CACUCGAUGACGCCGGCUAGAAGCACGUUCUUUAAUUCAACAUUGUGAUAAAUACAAAAAAAAGAAUACAUUUCAUUGCAGUGUUCCCAAUUUCCAGCCUGCGGCAGAAAAUUGUGCAAAAAAAGGCAAUCGUACGACAAGUUAGCAAAGCGAAUUUGUGAGUCAAGUAGAUUUUCAGCAUGAACAAAGGUAAGGGCAACGGACAGCAGAUGAAGCCUGAGGGUGAUUCAGUGCAGAAGCCUAACCUGCACGUCCCUGAGGCGGUCGAUGCCUCUGCUCUUCUUGAUCAACUGUUUCUGAAAGAAAACCUAGACUGGAAUGCUAAAUCGAGUUCGCAGGAGAACUCCAAGUCGUUUAAAACUAUCAGGAAGGAUAUUGGGAACUCCUAUUACUUCGAGCUGCCUUUCGACAUACCGCAACGUCCCAGAACGCGUUCGUAUUACUCGAAAGUGAUCGGCCCACCGCAGAAUCCCGAAACGCUUAUAAUGCCAGCCGCUGGCACUGAUGAAAACUCUUAUGACUGCGGAGCUCCGGACGAGCUGCAGUGCAAGGAAGUGACCAUACCAAACACAAAGGAUAACCAUGAAGAGGUGGAUAUGGAUCUAGAUGAAACCACAUUUGUUGAACCCCCUCAGCCCGAGAACGAUAACAAUCUAUUGAAUGCACGCAUAGCACUCAUCCACGAGGAAUUCUUGCGUGGCCUCAUCAAAUAGAAUGCCAACAUGAGGGAAAAGACGAGCAUCAUAAUUAUUAAAAUCAUAAUUAUACACUGAGA